AUGAAAGAAGCAUUCAUUGGUUUCUACUCCACAAAAUCAACCGAAGGCGAAGUACUGUUUGAACUGGUGGAAUCUGCUAUCACUGAACUCAAUCUUGAUCUCAAGGACAUAUUUGGUAAAGCAUUCGAUGGGGCGGCUAAUAUGGACGGUGUACACAAGGAACUUUCAACAAAAAUGGAAGAGUGCUCCCGGCUCGGUAUCUACGUCCACUGUUACGGACAUAUGCUCAACCUCGCCCUUCAGGAUACUAUGAUACAGACUGAACCCUUGCGAAACGCUCUGGGAACUAUCCAGGCUCUGUACAACGUUUUAGAAGCGAGACCCAAACGACACGCCUUGUUUAGUGACAUAGAAGUACAAGGUGAGGAUCUAAAACUGACGCUGAAGUCAUUAAGUACCACGCGAUGGACAUGCCGGUGGGAAGCUGCAAAGGCCGUACACGGGUAA